CAGAAGGGAAGGGUCGAGUUUCAAGGAAAUAUCUGCCGCCAGCGCUCAACUAAAAUCUUCACAUUUAGAUUGCAUGCCUCUGAGUUCAGAUUCGGAUCAGGCAUGUCUGUCAUCAAGACCGUGGCGCUGCUGAGUUUGCUGACCAUCUAUGAAGUUGUCAGUGUGGGGGAUCAAGUUGGAGAUCGAUGUCGCUGCAUCAAUAAGGAGACGAAGCCCAUCGGACGUCACAUAGCAAUGCUGGAGGUGAAGCCUCAAAACUCUCAUUGCCCGGAACCUGAGAUCAUUGCCACCCUGAAAAGGGACGGACAAAGGGUUUGCCUGGAUCCCAAAGCUCCGUGGGUCAGAAAAGUACUGGAGAGGACAAAUGCAACGCAGACAACAUGAAGAAAAAAAAAAACCUUCACUGAUUUGCUUCAAGCUGAAAAGAAGAUAAGAUUUCAUCAUCACCACAUGCAUCAGGAGCCUGGGU